CCAGGUUCGGCGAGGUGAUAUUUCCCUUAAUAUUUUUAAUGCUGGCCUUUGGAAUUUGUUAUACAUACUCCUGAUAGAUUAACGGGUCAUAGACCUGAAAGUAAAUAGACGAUGUCCGCCCUGACACUGGUGCCGGAGACCAAGGUCCUGGCUAUCGCUAGCCAUGUCACCUAUGGCUACGUUGGAAAUACCAUGGCCACUUUCGUUCUCCAGCUACUCGGCUGCGAAGUCUCCGCGAUUAAUACCGUCCACUACAGCAAUCAUACCGCAUACAAGCAAAUCAAGGGAACCAAAACCUCCGCAGAGCAAAUAGCAGAGCUGUUUGAAGGCCUCAAGCAAUCCCACCUCGAUGAUUUCGAUGUCUUGCUGUCGGGAUAUAUUCCUAGUGCCGAGGGAGUAGCGACCGUCGGGAAGAUCGGACGAGAACUCCGGUUACGCUCGAUGAUGAAUCCUGGGUCCUUUUUCUGGGUGAUGGACCCGGUGAUGGGCGAUGAAGGCAGGUUGUACAUCCCAGAAGAUGAAGUACCCGUCUAUCGGUCACUGCUACGCGAAGCAGACCUGAUACUCCCGAACCAGUUUGAAGUCGAACUUCUCUCCGAGUCCACCAUCAAUUCCAUAAGCGAUCUCACCCAAGCUGUCGAAAAACUCCACCGAGAGUACCAAAUCCCGCAUAUCAUCAUCACCUCUCUCCGCCUGAAGGAUGGCGACUUAUCCACGUUGACAUCCGCACGAACCACCCCCUCUCACACCCCGCCCCCCUCUACCGUUUCCUCAACCAUGACCAUCGUCGGCUCCACCGCCAAAUCGGACCACACCCCCCGUCUCUUCCGGAUCGACAUCCCCGCGAUCCCGUGUUUUUUCUCGGGCACCGGCGACAUGUUCGCCGCGCUCACCGUGGCACGGCUGCGGGAAGCGGUUGCGCACGCCGAGCCGGCGAUCACGAAUACCGCGCGUUGGCAAUCGCCGGAUGAGGUACCGGCGACGGAGUUGCCGUUGGCGAAAUCUACUGAGAAAGUGCUUGCGAGUAUGCAAGCAGUGUUGGCGAAGACGUAUGAAACGAUGGAAGUAGAGAUGGCAGCAUGGGAUCAGGGUAUCAAUAGAGAACAGGGGAUUCGGGAAGAAGGAAAAGCAGACAAGGAAAGGCAUUUGGCGAAGAUGAAGGCGAGUGAAGUGAGGUUGAUCCGGAACCAGGAGGAUUUGAGAAACCCACCCCACUUGGAGAAGUUCAAAGCGAGGGCUGUGGAAAUGGAGGAAAUAGAGGCUAUGAAACUUGGCGUGUAAUCGUAUUGGAUUGUGGGCAAUCAACACCGAGGUUGUUUGGAGCUGAGGGGUUGGAGAGCCUCCGAGAGAGGAAGGACGAUGAUAAACUCAUACCCAUGUACUCCUUUGAUCUAUAUAUGCUCGAAGCACCUA